UUUAUUUUUACUUAUACUUCAACAAUACUUCAAAUAUAAUUUGUUGUUAGACAGAGAUAGAUACACUACUUGAUACGACUUGAUGGAUAUAGUUGUUUCUUUCUUUCCAUUUGUUGCGUUUGUGUUAAACCAUGUUAAACAAAGUUCAGGGGAUUUUAGCGGGAACGUGUGUAGUUGUAUGUUCUAUGUCGGUUUGUUAAUAUUCUUUAUUUCCGUUACGUGUUGUUGGUUAUUAUCAGUUUUAUGUGAACUAGAUAGUUCUGCUAAAGUGCUAACUUUCGAAGCUUGGACAGACGUUUUGUAUUGUAUAAGUUUUGUGAAACGUAUAUUAUACAGAACAAUGGCUCUUCCAAAGGCCUUAGCAAAAUAUUCCAAAGAUUCCUCGCAUACUGUUUAUGUUUGUCCGUUUGAUUCGCCCGUGGGUAAAGUUACUGCGGCAGCAGAUGAUGAUUAUCUCUACAUGGUAUCUUUAGAGGACUCGAAGAACUUCGAAAAAAUGCUCCAAACAAUAAGUGAAGAACUAUUUUGUACUUUUAUUGAGAAGAAAAAUAAAAUUCUGGAGCAACUUGAUAAUGAACUUAAGGAUUAUUUUGCGGGAAAACUCAAAACAUUUACAGUGCCCAUCAAGACAUUUGGUUCAGAGUUUCAAAAGCAAGUAUGGGAGAAACUUCAAGAAUUGCCAUAUGGGAGUACCCAGACUUAUGGAGACCUUGCCAAGUCACUGGGUAGAGCUCCCAGUCACUCAAGGGCUGUCGGAGCAGCAUGUGGAGCUAAUGCACACUUACUUGUAAUACCCUGUCAUAGGCUUGUUGCUUCUGGGUCUAAAGGAGGCUUCAGUUGUGGAGUAAACCGGAAGGAAUGGCUGCUAGAUCAUGAGCAAAAACAUUCUACAUAGAACCAUUAAAGGUGAUUUUUUUAAAUCCAUUUACAGUUUGGUAAACAUUUAUCAUUUUGAUAAUUUAUUUUAAUCUUGUUAAUAAUGAAUAAGACUGAAACAAAUAUUGCCUCUGUUAAAAAUUUAAUACUAAAAGAUAGAGUUAUAUUUUGCCUAGCUUCACUUUAAUACUUUGUCACUAACACCCUGUAUAUUUUUCAGUAGGUACCUACUAUGUUACUAUAGUUAAGUAUAGUUUGUAAAGUUAACUUAUUAAUGGGAUAGGUAGUGUUGUUUCCAACAUUUGUCUGAACAUGGAUAUGCCUUCAAAAUCUUGAAUCUCAAAGCAUAAUAUUAAAGUUUUUAUUGAA